AUGGUUUCUGAGGUAUCGAGACUUGAAUCGCUAAAGCAACUAGUGCAACAAGUCGAAGAUGAUGCUAUCGAGAAGGCGAAUCUCAUUCAAGCCUUGAACAAGAUUUGCACCUCAGUUCACAAUCUCUACAUUGCUCAAAAGCGAGAGAUCCUGGCCAAUGACAGCGAGUUCAGCGAGCUCUUGAACUCCUUCAACGUCGAAGACAGUGGAGGGGGCGGAGGAGGGAAAGGGGAAGGACAGGGGGAGGGGGACUUGCGUGCGGCUAUGGUCUCCAAGGUGGUGCGUUCCUGGCUCGAGACUACCUUUACCAAACAAGCUGCUUGGCAUCAUAACACUAGUGAUGUACCACGCCUCACCUUCAAACAGGCUGCCAUCAAAAUCAAGGCAGGCAUCAAGCUCCACAGAUAUACACAAGUGUUUUAUUUCGCGGCGCUCCUAUCAAAUAGUUUUCUUUUCUUCUUCCAGGAAAGAUUUAAGAAUUGGAGUUUUGAUGUUUUCCAUCUCAACUCUUUAAUUGAGGGGCAUGUCCUGACGUACAUGGGUGUAGAAAUCUUCCAACGACAUCGAAUUUGCGAUCUCUUUAAUAUUCCCUGCAGGGUGUUGGAGGCCUUCCUGUCGCAGCUUGAGCGCGGUUACAGCAAACACGGCAAUCCCUACCACAACUGCAUCCACGCAGCCGAUGUCGUGCACACUUGCAACUCUAUAAUGGAGGGCUCAGGUCUCACUGAGUUAAUGACAGAGGAGGAAAAAUUUGCCCUGCUAUUCUCCGCACUGAUUCACGACUUUGAACACGCAGGAACUACAAACGCCUACCAGAUAAACAUAAGGUCGCAUUUAGCUCUUCUGUACAACGAUCGCGGUGUCCUGGAAAAUCAUCACAUCAGCGCGGCCUAUCGAGUCACCCAACUUCCAGCAUUCAACAUUUUUGUCAACGUUCCCCGGAGCAAAUUCCAGGCGAUACGGCAGCUCGUGAUUGAGAUGGUCCUCAACACGGACAUGUCACUGCAUUUCUCUCAAAUCAAAGUGGUCAGUAAACUUCUCAAACUACCCGAACCGAUUGAAAAGCCUAAAGCAUUCUCGUUACUGUUACAUGCAGCGGACAUUUCUCACCCAACCAAGUGCUGGGAUUUGCAUGAAAGAUGGACAUACUUGCUUGUUGAAGAGUUCUUUAAUCAGGGGGAUCGUGAAGCAGCCUUAGGUCUCCCUUGUUCACCUUUAUGCGACCGACAUACAACAAUGGUACCUGAAAGUCAAGUCGAAUUUAAGUGGAUGGAGCAGCUUCAAGAAAACAGAACAAUCUGGGAGGCACGAGCUAGGCAAUAUGCAGCAGAAAACCCGAUUCCUUAA